UGCGUUUCAGGGCGGAGCCUGGACUGGCCGCUUCACUCCCAUCAGGUCCCCAGCCGCGCGCUCUGGCUGGGGGAUGGCUUGGCCGCGCGUGCGGCUGGUGGUGACUGCGGACGACUUUGGGUACUGCCCGCGGCGGGAUGAGGGCAUCGUGGAGGCCUUCCUGGCCGGAGCUGUGACCAGCGUGUCCCUGCUGGUCAACGGCGCGACGGCGGAGAGCGCGGCGGAACUGGCCCGCAGGCACCGAAUCCCCACGGGACUCCACGCCAACCUGUCCGAGGGCCGCCCGGUGGGCCCGGCCCGCCACGGCGCCUCGUCGCUGCUCAGCCCCGAAGGCUUCUUCCUGGGCAAGAUGGGAUUCCGGGAGGCGGUGGCAGCCAAAGAUGUAGUUUUGUCCCAGGUGCGGGAAGAGCUGGAGGCCCAGCUGAGUCGCUUCCAGGAAUUACUGGGCAGGAAACCCACCCACGUGGACGGGCACCAGCAUGUGCACGUGCUCCCAGCGCCCCGCCCGCCCGCAGGCGUGUGCCAGGUGUUCGCAGAGGCGCUGCAGGCCCAUGGGGUGCGCUUCACACGUCUGCCGCUGGAGCGAGGAUUGGGCGACUGUACUUGGCUGGAGGCCCCUGCUCGCGCCUUCGCGUGUGCAGUGGAGCGCGAUGCCCGGGCUGCUGUGGGCCCCUUCUCCCGCAGUGGCCUAAGGUGGACCGAUGCCUUCGUGGGUCUGAGCACCUGUGGCCGGCACAUGUCUGCUCAUCGUGUGUCAGGAGCACUGGCUCGGGCCCUGGAAGGUACACCCACAGGUCACGCCCUGACAGCGGAGCUGAUGGCCCACCCAGGCUACCCCAGUGUGCCUCCCGCUGGAGGCUGCGGUGAGGGCCCCGACGCCUUUUCCUGCUCUUGGGAACGGCUGCAUGAGCUGCGGGUCCUCACAGAGCCGACGCUGCAGGCCCGGCUGGCCCAGGAUGGCGUGCAGCUCUGUGCCCUCCAUGACCUAGAGUCCAAGAGACCUGGUGAAGCCACUCUAGCAACCUUCCUGGAGUCCUCCCAACCAUGACCCUGGCAGCCAAGGACUAACGCCUUAGUGCUCAGGGACGAGGCAAGGGUUGAGCUUUGGCACAGCCCACAACCAAACCCAGAGGGGGUUCUGUGACUUCCCUGGGCAGAAUGAUGCCACCUCUUUGCCCAGAUCCUCAUGCCUCAGUGUGAUAGCCAGACCUUUGGCAAGCCCUUGGCUGCAGGUGGGUCAGCCUGUGAUAUCUCAGCAUGGGGCCUGCCAAACAUUUUCUGCUCUUCACAUUUCUAUGUAAGCAUGGUCUUUGUUUAGGUGUAGUGGGGAGAGAUCACUAUAUUAAUAAAAUAAUGUGUCUUGUAAAAUUUGAAUGGUUUAUAAACUGUGCCCAGAAAACUGUUACAGACACAGGGGCAGGCAAAAGCAACUCCCAGGGCCCAGACCCGGUCACUAUUCCAGAAAAGACACAUAAAACAAGUUUCACUCUCA